AUGUGCUCUAAUAAAUAUAAUGAAAAAAAAUUUAAUUUAGAAAUAGAAUAAAAAAAGAUAAGAACACUAUAGAUCAAACCAAAAAGUAUAAUGCACAAAUUGCUAGUUUAAAUGAAAAAUACUAAUAAUUUAGAUUUAAAUUAUGAGAGACACAAUAAAAGACUCUAGCAAUCACCAAAGAAAUUGAAUCUGCGAAGAAGGAAUAUAGGAAAAAUUGAUGUUGAGGCUAAUAAGAAUGAUAUUGGAAUUAAUUGGCCAAUUAAAUAAAUGUAAAAGUUGAUAUUGAAAAUACAAAAAAAUGUCCAAAAAUGA